GGUCAAAGGCUGUAUGUAUGUGAUAUUAUGUGCAAAUACAUCAACUAUAUACAAAAGAAUAACAUGUGUAUAACAGUUGGCUACCCAUGUAUACAUACACAUUCAGUUCUCAGUUAUAACAGUUUCCAAAAGGAGUCGCAAUAUGAUAUUUAAAGGAUGUAUGAGCAUUCUGAGUACAUGUGCAUUAAGAUAUGUAUCUACAAGAGGUGCAAAGCUUGCUGCCCUCUCAGGACAUAGAUCAAUUCAUUCAUGCAGAAUAUUGCCUGCGCAUGUCCUAAGCAUGUCCAAGCCUGGCUGUACAGGGCAGAAAAGAUCCUUUACAGAGAUGCAGCGUGAAUGGCUUAGCAAAGAGGUGGCAGUAUUUGAUAGUUCUAAAUCUGUUGAAAGUGCUGUAACUCCUCCAUCAAGCUGGUUCAUUGAUCCAUUGUUUUACCAGAUGGAGAAGUCUUCCAUAUUGCGUAAGAACUGGAUAGCUGUUGGACGAACUGACCAAGUUAACGAUGUAGGGAAAUUUAUAACAGGGUCAAUUGGAGAUGAGCCAUUUAUUGUGACAAGAGAUGAUGGUGGUACUUUGAGAGGCUUCUUCAAUGUAUGUCGACACCAUGCAACAAUAAUCAUGGAGGAAGAUGAGGGACGUGCCCUUAAUUUCCAAUGUCCUUACCAUGGCUGGACAUACAAACUAGAUGGCAGACUCAUGAAAGCAACAAGGUUGAAGGGCAUCAAAGAUUUUAAAGCUUCUGACUUUGGCUUACGACCAGUACAGGUCAGCACAUGGGGCCCACUGGUAUUUGUAAAACUUGAUGCUGAGCACACUGGUCCAGAACCCAAGAAAAUUCUGGCCAACCUUACUCCUAAAUUAGAUGCUCUUGGCUUCUCUGAUGGAAUGAAGUUCGUGAAGAGAAAGACCUAUAAAGUAAAUUGCAAUUGGAAGGUGUUCGUGGAUAAUUAUCUUGAUGGCGGUUACCAUGUUGAAUAUGCUCACAAGGAUCUUAGUCAGUUACUCUCUCUUGGUUCUUACAAAACUGAGAUCCAUGAUGGUUAUUCCUUGCAAAUGUCAAAAGGAGGUGAUCACGACGAAGGCAGCUCUAGGGUUGGGUCAGAAGUGAUAUAUGCUCACAUCUAUCCCAAUGUAAUGAUCAAUAGAUAUGGUCCCUGGAUGGACUUCAACUACGUCAUCCCAGAGUCACAUGACUCCUGCAAUGUCAUAUUCGAUUGGUUUCUGGAGGAGAAAGCAAUGCGAUCCACAGAUAAUGAUGGCUUAAAUAAACUAAUCAAUGAGAACUUUGUUGCAAGUGAAAAGGUACAAGAUGAGGACAUUGAAAUCUGUAAUAGAGUGCAAAAGGGGUUGAAGUCCAUGUCAUAUGAUUGGGGAAGAUAUGCUCCUAACGUUGAAGCAGCUGAUUACGAAUUCCACCAGCGUUUGGCACAACAGUUCAGAGAAUAUUUGAAAAUAUAAAUCUUAUGUGUCUAAGUACUGCUAAUAUUAUAGUAAUAGUGAUGUAUCCUAAUAAAUCUGUAAGAAAAACGAGUUGUUUUAAAAUCUGCAGAAAAAACUGGAAAAUACCAUUGUUGAAUAUGACUUCAAAAAAUAUCUACUGGAAAAGUUACUGUUUCUUC